AUGUCAGAUAAAAUCAUUACAGUAUUUGGUGCAACUGGAAAGCAAGGUGGAGCUGUCAUUGAAACAUUAGCCAAGAGCAAGAAAUUUAAGCUUCGUGCUAUCACUCGUAACCCUGAUUCACCAGCUUCUCAAGAGCUUAAGAAGAAGGGUGUAGAGUUGGUCAAGUUGGAUAUGACAACCGCCUCUGUUGACGACUUUGCCAAAGCUCUUACUGGUAGCUACGGACUCUUUUUAGUUACUGAUUUUUAUACAUAUUUCGGUGCUGAAGCUGAUAUUGGUAAAAAGGUUGUUGAUGGAGCUGUUAAAGCUAAAGUUGAACACUUUGUAUUCAGUUCAUUAUCAGCAUGCAAGAAGAUUACAAAGGGUGAGAUUCCAGUACCACACUUUGACCUCAAGGAUGACAUCAAGGUCUAUGCCGAGGAAAAAGCAAAGAACGGUGCCUUUGUCUUAUCGACUAUCUUGGUUCCUUUCUACUAUCAAAAUUUCGAAUCAUACUUCCCACCCACAAAGAGCGCCGAUGGAACCUAUUACACUAUUACCAUGCCACAAGAAGCCAAUGUACCACUUGAUAUCGGUGAUGUCAACGACGUCGGUCCAAUCGUAGAGGCUAUCCUCAACGACAAGCAAAAGUAUGCUGGUGUUACCAUCCCAUUCACCACUCCAUUAAAGAUGCAAGAAAUUGUGGACAAGAUUUCAAAAGCCACUGGCAAGACUAUCAAAUACAACUAUGUCCCACCAGAAGUAUUCGCCAAGUUUGGUUUCCCUGGCGCAGAGGAAUUUGCUCACAUGUUUUCAUUCUACAACAAGCAUGGUGCCUUCCCAGGUCAAGAUACAACCAUUGCUCCAAAAUUGACAAAACUUACAACCUUUGAUGAAUAUCUCAACAAUAACAAAUAUUAUGAUAACUUACAAUAA